AUGGCAGCAAAAACACAGGCAGCUGUCACCGAAUGGCUGGAGGGAGAAGCCGCAAAACAUGGAGUCGACGUCUUUUCACGUGAACUUGCUGAUAUUUUGACUGAUUCGUGCUCCCUGAAACACGUUCGGGAGCAGUUCGUCUAUCCCAAAAAUGCGAAGCUACCUCAUGUCGAUCUAAGCUUGGUGGACCCAGAAGAAGACUGUAUAUACAUGUGCGGGAAUAGCUUGGGUCUAAUGCCGAAGGCCACACCAAUCCUGAUGCAAGAACAAUUCACGAAGUGGGGCGAGCAUGGAGUGCAUGGGCAUCUGAGUGAGCCGGUGCCGUGGGCUCAUGGAGAUGAGUGCGCCCUAGAAGGUGUGGCCCGGAUUGUUGGAGGGAAGCCGGAAGAAGUGGCGCUGAUGAAUGGGCUUACAGUGAAUAUUCAUGUUUUAUUGACAGCAUUUUACAAACCGACCGAUAAACGUCAUAAAAUAUUGCUUGAAUCUAGAGCAUUUCCCUCUGAUCAUUAUGCUAUUGAAUCGGAAUUAAGGCUACAUGGUCGUACUGUAGAGGACUCAAUGGUUUGCCUAGAACCAAGGGAAGGCGAAGAAACCCUCCGGACCGAAGAUAUUCUUGAAUAUAUCGAGGAAAAUGGCGAUGAAAUUGCUAUUGUAUUCUUUUCGGGAAUUCAAUAUUAUACUGGACAACUUUUCGAUAUUCCGGCUAUUACCAAGAAAGGUCAUGAAAAAGGUUGCCUUGUUGGCUGGGAUCUUGCUCACGCUUUUGGAAAUGUCCCUCUAGAGCUUCACUUCUGGGAUGUAGAUUUUGCAGCCUGGUGCUCGUAUAAAUAUUUCUGUACAGGAGCCGGAGGGUUGGCUGGAAUUUUUGUGCACGAGCGCUUCAAGGAGGACAAGAGAGAAAGGAUGCUCGGCUGGUGGAGUCACAAAAUGAAGACGCGAUUUAAUAUGGAUAAUAAGCUCGAUCUGGAUGUGGGAGCCGCUGGGUACCGGAUUAGUAAUCCACCAGUUUUUCUGGUUGUUCCGGUUCUCGGAAUGUUGGAGGUCUUUAAAACAGUGACUAUGGAGGAACUACGCAGCAAAUCUAUGUACCUUACUGGAUACCUUGAGCAUCUUCUAGAGGAAUUCUGCUCCGAAGAUUCCAGCAAACGAGAAUCGAAAAUUUGGUGUAAAUCCAUUACUCCAAAAAACUUCCAUGAACGUGGCUGCCAGCUAUCCCUAAAGUUUAACGUCAGCAUCGACGUCAUCUUCAAGGAGUUGUUGAGGCGAGGCGUAGCUGUAGACAAGCGAUACCCCUACAUCAUCCGAUGCAGCCCGGUGCAUCUCUACAAUAAUUACACUGAUGUUCAUCGGUUUGUGACGGCUCUGCGAGAAUCAAUGCGAGAAGCGGAAAAAGCUAUC